GAUUUUUCAUUCAUUUAGUUUUUGAAAAAAAAUAAAAGUCACCGUUCCCGAAUCAAAAUUUGUUUUAAAAUUUUAAAGCCAUCGCAAGAGCGUGAAGACAACGUGUGAAAGUGCGGUUCAGUGAAAAGUGCACAGCGCAUUUGUAAACCAAUCAGAUUCUCAAUCGCUAAAGCGAUACCCAUAUGAUAUAAUCGCCAAAAACCCCUUUUCAAGUACAACGCGAUCUAUAGACUACUACUACUGAGAGAGGAGAGGCAGCAGAAGGACAAUAGUCUGGAUUCUAGAAUCUGGAUUGAAACACUCGAACUCAAACAAGGCAAAUUCAAAAAAAAGGAGCCACAUUCAGAAGGUAGGGAAAAAAGCUAAGAUAUCGCCGAGUGAAUCGACAUAGAAAUCGAUUUGUCAAAUCGAUUCGGUCGAAUUAAUCAAAAAUUUUAUUCACAUCCAAGCUGUCAAGCACCUUCACUUCAAGUUUUAAAAAAAGAGCAGUCGAAGCGAAAGCAUUUUCAUACAUUUUCAUUGGGCAUUUUGUGAGGAAAUCAGCAAACUGAACGUUAAACAAAUUCACAUAUAAAGGAAACAAUACCAUUUCGGUUAUAGCCAAGAAUUGGGCACAGUAAAUCGAAAAGAAAAUUUGACAAAUUAACACCAAAAGUGCAAGUCAUCAACACACGCUCAUUUUGCAAAAAAGUGAGCCUACGAAUAGAACAAGUUGAGCUACUAGCUACUAGCUACCAGCUACCAGCUACCAGCUACCUCAGCUACACUACAGAAGUGACCAAUUGCCCAUAGCUGAUAGCUCGCUCCAUAGCUCCGCCGAGGAUCAAGUCCCAGUCUCCGGUCAAGCGCAAUCUCAGGGUCCUCAGAGUCCCUGACAAGCAGCACCAACGGCGUCCCAGACGAUUGUCUUAUCCAGCCCGGACAACGCAGCCGCGGCUCGCAAAACCGAGACCAUGGCAGAGGUGCUCAAUCUGGAGAGCAUCAUUGCCCGCCUGCUGGAGGUGCGUGGCGCCAGGCCCGGCAAGAAUGUGCAGCUGUCGGAGGGCGAGAUCCGUGGACUGUGCCUCAAGUCGCGCGAAAUACUGCUGGCUCAGCCCAUACUCCUUGAGCUGGAGGCGCCGCUCAAGAUCUGCGGCGAUAUCCAUGGCCAGUACUAUGAUCUGUUGCGUCUAUUCGAAUACGGCGGCUAUCCGCCGGAGGCCAACUAUCUAUUCUUGGGCGACUACGUGGACAGGGGCAAGCAGUCGCUGGAGACCAUCUGCCUGCUGUUGGCCUACAAGAUCAAGUAUUCGGAGAACUUCUUUCUGCUGCGCGGCAAUCACGAGUGCGCCAGCAUUAAUCGAAUCUAUGGAUUCUACGAUGAGUGCAAGCGCAGAUAUACCAUUAAGUUGUGGAAGACAUUUACCGAUUGUUUCAACUGUCUGCCGGUGGUGGCCAUUGUGGAUGAGAAGAUCUUUUGCUGCCACGGCGGACUGAGUCCGGAUCUCACUUCGAUGGAGCAGAUCCGUCGGAUUAUGCGACCCACCGAUGUGCCCGAUCAGGGACUGCUAUGCGAUCUGCUUUGGUCCGAUCCGGACAAGGAUACCAUUGGUUGGGGCGAGAACGACCGUGGCGUCAGCUUCACCUUUGGCGCCGAGGUGGUCGUCAAGUUUCUACAGAAGCACGAUCUCGAUCUGAUCUGUCGUGCCCACCAGGUCGUCGAGGAUGGUUACGAGUUCUUUGCCAAGCGCCAAUUGGUCACCCUCUUCUCCGCCCCCAACUAUUGCGGUGAAUUCGACAAUGCCGGUGCCAUGAUGUCCGUGGACAAUACCCUCAUGUGCUCCUUCCAAAUCCUCAAGCCCGUCGAGAAGCGCAAGAAGUAGACGCUACCAGGAUCUGUGGACCUCUUCCAGAUCUUUAAUUUUACACCAUAACACUAGCAAUCACAUAUACCACUCCCAUUCACAUUUUAUCUACGAAAUCCUACACGAAAUCGGUUCGAAAUCAUAAUUUCCAGACUCAUCUCUCAAUCGUCAAUCAAAUCAAAGAAAUGGCCCAGCUCCAGCGUAUAUCUACAUGAAUCCCAACUGGCUUACCGGAUAUCCAGCCAUUUCGCUCAUAUGUGUGAUAUUAAACAAAUCUAAUCAAA